CGAGGCUGUUUAUUUCCGUAGAUUCCAGGACACGGUGCUACACGGUGGACGACACUUCCGUGGAUGGACACGGUCCUCGGCAGGAACAAUGCGUGCUACGACUUUCUCGCUGCGGCUAAUCGCGAAACGAGUGAGCGAGCGAGCGAGCGAGCGAGCACGACGGAACGAGAAUUACACGCGCACAACACGAUUCCUCGUAGCGCUAUGGCGACCGGAGCCGGACGUAGAGCGAGCUGUACUAGGCGCCGCAAGCCACGCCUAUCGGCCGGCGGCUCUUCUGAUUGGCGAGCGGCCUCUGCCACGUAUGCAAGGAGAUGACGGCGCUCAUCCGCAACUGUCCGCGAUCCGCGACCCGCGACGGUCCGGAUUUUUUUUCGACGCGAUUCCGUAUGAGCUGCAACGAUGACGAAUCGAUUUAAUUUAAUUCGGCGAAUGCCGUAGCCGUCAUGUUCUGUAUUCAUCCACGAUGCAUACCCGCCUUAAAAUGUCGAUGUUACGCAUUUGCAUGCGUGUCACCGAACACGCGUCGCGACGUUGGCCAACGUCGGCAAGAUUAUCAAAGAUCAUAUACACGGUGGCCAACUUUCAUUGAUGCAAAAGUGCAGUUACUUUUACUUCCGCUAGUAUAACGGCCGACCAAUCACAGUCACUCCAUUCUUUAGAGGAAUAGCUGUGAUUGGUCAGCAUAAAGCCCGUAUCAGUUACGCAAUGAGAAUUAAGGCCGGGUCUACAAUAUAUCUCAAUAGAUGUAGUAAGCCUUUAGCUUUUAGAAUUAUAUCGGUCAAAAGUUUUAAGUCGUAAGCUUUAAAAGCUGGGAUUUGGCUAGCACGCUUAAAACUUAGAGAUUAGAGCGGGAAAUAUUUCUGGCCGAAAAUUAUGUAAUAUUUUAGGGCUUAUUAUUAGAGCAGAAGGCUAAAGGCUUUUAUUAUACUUAUUGUAGACCCGGCCUAAGGGAACAGUUGAUGGAUUCAAAAUGGCUGCGGAACGUCGUAGCGGAGAAUGUUUUAACAGUUUCGACGGAAACGCGUAAUAUUUUUACACCCGUGACAAUUUAUCCAUCGCGCCGUCCGUGUGCCUCGGCGUUGACUUCAUCGAGGUCUCCUCGCAUCUCUGCGACGGUCGCUCGAAGGAGACCCGCGAAAAAAAUGGCGCUCUGUGACAUUAGCUGAUUCUCGCAAAUACCUCCGAUGUCAUUAAGGAGGAUGAUUUCUCAAAUUUUCCGGCGUUCUCGCCUUUGAUUGAAGCGAAUCAACUUGUGAUCAUCAAUAUGUCUCCUCACUUGAAUCGGAAACGUGGCUCAUCCGUCAGCUUUACCAGAGCAAAGGACGAUAGCGAAGAUGCCGAGGACGAGAUUCACAUAUCUCUGGCGCCAUAUAUACAGACGUACUUGGCGCAUAGUAGUCAGGGCUUGGGAUGCUGCGGUAUCAGUCUACCCGUACCGUUCGAACGUGCAGCACCAAGAUCGUGGUGGAAUCCCAGAUUUGAUUCGGAAAUCCUUGAGGAACAGUUUAAGAGAAGUGCCUUUCCUCAAAUUAGAUUAAGAUUUCGAUAUGCUCUCACAUAUAUCCUGCUGGUAUCUUUAUCGUGGCUGAUGUACUUUGUGAUAAUCGGAAUAGAGAACGAAACAUCGACAUGGGCGGCGAUAGCGGGUCUUUUCAGUAUCGUUGCUGCCAUGGUAUCGGCCGUACUUUAUUUAACAUAUACGGAUUACUACAGAUCUUAUGUACUGACGACUUCUCUGGGGGUCGCGUCCACGCUCUGUUUCCUAUCCUUGUUCUUCCUUGCCAUGGUGCCGCCACACGUGGACGGACUAACGCUGGUCGGACAUUUUGCUCUGUGCUCAGAAAUUCUAUUGAUAAUUUAUACGGUGCUGCCGAUGCCACUCUACGCCUGCGUGGGGAUAGCCACGCUUUACUCAUUAAUGUUUGAAAUCUUGACUGCCUAUUUGUAUGGCUCGAAGGAUAUGCAACACAGCGAACGGAUUAUACGAAAUAAUUCCUCAGGACUGAAUAAUACGACGGCGGAGAAAACAUUGGUACUUACGCACUCAUCCCUAAAGGAUCCUCUACUUGUUGCUGGUCUACAGAAUGUGAUACGUAAUAUUAGUGAACUUACUACAACAAUUAGCAGUACAGAAGCGAUAUCGACGAUGCUACAUGAAGAUAAAGAUACGAUACAAAAUAUGGGAACCGGAUUUCUAGAACGAGAACCGAUAGCUCAACGAUUGUACAGUGCUAUAAUUGACUCGAAUAUCUUGACGAGAUUAAAUUCCAGCAUCCCAUCCAUGAUUAGAUCCACUAUUAGCUCAACUGUAAAAGCAUCUCCUAUAGAUAAUUAUACUAGCGAUAACAUGCUCGAUGCCAGUGAUAUCGAUUUUUCCACGAAUCUCGCGAUAAGGAUCUUGAUGCAGAUUUGUAUUCAUUUGAUAGGCAUGCAUAUCUUGAUAAUGACCUUUGUAAGAAUGCGCGGUACGUUUAUGAAGGUCGGUCAAUCUCUGCUGGUCCGUCGACAAUUGGAAGUAGAAAAACAACUGAAAGAAAAGAUGAUACAUUCAGUAAUGCCACCGAAAGUUGCGGACUGGCUUAUGGAGGAGAGCGAGCGCGAGAGAGAGCGAGAGGAUUCUCUGAAGAAAGGCUCGAUACCAUCCAAUAACACGGACAUCCGUUCGUUGUUUCGUCCGUUCAAUAUGCAUUCUAUGGAAGACGUGAGUAUCCUGUUCGCUGAUAUCGUUGGAUUCACCAGAAUGAGCUCCAACAAAACCGCGGAGGAACUCGUGGGCAUACUCAACGAUUUGUUCGAACGUUUCGACGAUCUUUGCGAGCAUCACGGAUGCGAGAAGAUCUCUACGUUAGGGGAUUGCUACUAUUGCGUUAGCGGAUGUCCUGAACCGCGAUCCGAUCACGCCAAGUGCUGCAUAGAAAUGGGGCUAGCCAUGAUCGAAGCUAUUAAACAAUUUGACAUCGAGAGACGGGAAGGCGUAAACAUGAGAGUGGGUGUGCACACAGGCACCGUACUCUGCGGAAUUGUGGGUACUAAGAGAUUUAAAUUCGACGUCUGGUCGAAUGACGUGACUUUGGCAAACAAGCUGGAGAGCACGGGAAAGCCUGGCCGUGUGCAUCUGAGUGAAAAUACUUUGAGAUUUUUGGGAGACCAAUACAUCACGGAAAAUGGAGAACUAGUCAAUGGUGUUAAAACUUAUUUUAUUAGAGCCCGUAAAUCAGAUUUUAUGAAUCAAUUUAUUACAAAUGUCACGUCACCCAAGAGUAUCUCGCCGUUGAUGCAAUCGCGGAAUCGUUUGGCAUCGUGCAACAAUCAAGCCAAACCGCGCCAUCACUAUCUUCAUAUGGUCACCAACGCGAGCUGUUACAGGAUGAAGGCUAAUUCUUUGCCUAGUAUUUUGGAUUCUGAAAACGAUGGUGAUACUAUGGAUGAAAAAGAGGAUUCGAACAAAAGUCCAACAUCCACCGCCAGUUAUGGCAAAAAGAAAGUGCGGAGUAAGCCAUGGAAAUAUCUACAGAGACAACGAACAACCGAGGAAAUGAUACCUUUGGAGAUAGAAGAGGGAAGAAAUAUCGUUAUAGGACAAACAAAACUCGAUAUGCAGACAUAUGAGGAAUGCAAUGGAUUUAGACGAAUCCUUCUGGGUAAUGGCGUUGAAAUGGAUCCAAAUCCUGUACCUUCUAGUCCUUUAUUAUCUGGUCAAGAGCCGAUUAGUCAUGCUUCUUCCAUUUGCAGUAGGAAAGAUUCCGGUAUCAAGAGUAAUAGCAGGCGAAGUAGUAUACAACAACAGUUGUUCCUAUUGAACGGAAUGGCCCAGGGUGAUUUAUUAGGACACAGGGUCAGUGGUUAUUAUACCUCUAGUUCAACGUUAAACUCCACUCAUGAACCUUCAUCAUCAGUGCCCCCUUAUCCGUUCCCCCCGAUGGUAACUGAUACAUUCGGUGCGUGUUUUCAUAAAUUACGCAAGCAAUCCGAUCUUCAAUUAAUUAGAUGCGUACAGGACAAUGUGAGCUCUCAGCGCUCAUACUUCGUCAAACCGCCGCUCUCGAGCGUUACUCUCUUUUUCAAGAACGAGGAAAUGGAGAGAGAAUACCGAGAAAAUGCGCACAAAGCCAGCGAGGGUAUUGGCGAUAAUCCUCCUACCUUGGCUACCUCGAGAUUCAACACAUACUUCGACAUCUUGAUAUCCGCCCUGGUCUACACGGCAAUCACAAUCUCGCUUUUCCUUCUCUGCGAACCGACGAUUUAUUACAUGGUAUUCUCUGUGCUCACCACCGCUGUUCAAGUGAUCGCGGUGUUACUCUGCAUUCGGCAACUUUUCUAUCCACACAUCGCUCAUACGACGUUCACGCAGAGUAUCUUUAGAUUCUUUUCCCGAUGGUAUCCGUGGCACGCGUGCGGCGCAGUUCUGGUCGGUUUACCGAUCAUCUCCAUCUUGCUUAAUUUCACGUGUAACAGCUUUCGGAGUCUGAGCAACUUUGAAUAUUACUACAGCUAUCUAAUCUUCGUCGGGCUAGUCCAUUUCUGCAAUUUCACGCAGCUCAACUGUUGGAUGAAGAAUCUAUUGGUUACCCUCACCGGCGUACUAUUCAUCUGUCUUGUGGUAAGUCACAUAUCCCCAUAUCAGCAGGAGAAUCUCAGUAGUAUUAAUAGUCGUAGCGAUCUUGGUAACAGCUCGCAGUCGGCGCAAUUGGCGGCAUUGUAUCCAAAUUUUUUCAAAUCGCUCGCGAAUGAACGGAGCGAUUUAAAUAGUUCGGGAAGUCUUCCGAACGCAACAAGAGAUUUUGUCGUCUCGACCGCUGCGACAAGAAUGUCGAUCGCGAAACAUACAGGGCGACAAGAAACGUUUACUACGAUUCGAAGAGAAGCUUACACUGGGUAUAACGAAAGAUUAUACAAUUCAGAAAUAUAUCUAGAUAUGGUGCUGUUGUUGCUAUUGGUCUGGUUUUUGAAUCGUGAAUUUGAGAUCAGUUAUAGACUGUGUUUCCACGGUAACGCGGUUGCAGCGCGCGAUAAGACGCGCGUGCAAUCAAUGAAGAAUCAGGCCGAUUGGUUGUUGCAUAAUAUUAUACCGAAAUAUGUGGCUGAUCAGCUGAAGACAACCGCCAAGUAUUCGCAGAAUCACAAAUCCGUGGGCAUCAUCUUCGCCAGUAUUGUCAAUUUCAACGAGCUAUACGACGAGUCGUAUCUGGGCGGUAAGGAAUAUCUGCGUGUGCUCAAUGAGCUUAUAGGCGAUUUCGACGAGCUGCUGGAGAAACUGGAGUACGCGAAUGUCGAAAAGAUCAAGACAAUCGGCAGCACAUUCAUGGCUGCGAGUGGUCUGAAUCCGCAGGUGAGGCAGCAAAGCGAGCACGAGUACACGCAUCUAUUCCAGUUGCUCGACUUUGCUGUAGCGAUGCACAAAGUGAUAUACGAUUUCAAUCGGGAUCUGUUGGGCUUCAAGCUGGUUUUACGAGUCGGUUACAAUUACGGCGAUGUCACAGCCGGCGUCAUCGGCGCUACUAAAUUGUAUUACGAUAUCUGGGGCGACGCGGUCAACAUUGCGUCACGAAUGGAUUCUACCGGGGUCGCCGGUAGGAUACAGAUGGCCGGCAAUUGUCUAGAUGCUUUGUCGGAGCGAUAUGAGUUCGAGCCGCGCGGACAGGUGUACGUCAAGGGCAAGGACAAUAUGGAUGUGUUUUUGCUGUUGGGAAAGAAGAAGAAUGCUGGUUGACGACCAACGCUUAAAAGCUCCGUGCCGAUAUUCUGUAUAGCUAUGAUAUAUCAAGAGGAUCCGAAACUGUUCGUGGCCUGAACGAUCAUAGCAUUUAGAAUAGGAUCUGGCUAUUUUUAGUAUCUGAACAUUUUUUAUAGCUUAAUAUUUUACUGUGCUUGUUUUUCGGAGAGCAUAUGAACUGUAUUGUGUGAAUUAGAUUGCAUUAAUUUUUCCGAUUUUUAUUUUCAAUUAUUUCUUUCAAAUUUUAUGCAUUGGUUACACUAUAAAAAAUAUUUCUCUAUUGAUAAUAUCUGGAUUUUCUUGUCCAAAUAUUAAAGAUUUUUUUCUUUCUAUUUAUUCUUUCAUGAUAAUAUGUAGCAUAGAUGUAAAGUAUAAUUUGCAUAAAUGUUUAAUAAAAUAUUUGAAAAUAAGAAGUGGAAAAAUUAUUAAUGCAAUUUUAUUCAAUUCGUACACUAUACGAAAACUCAAAUUUUUUUAUUAUAUAUUUUUUUUAAAUUGUGAAAGAUAUUAAUGAUGGACAGAGCCAUUAUUAAUAACCGAUUUAUGCUGAAAUAAUGAUCAGAGAGACGUGUAACGAAACAGAUUUAAAAAGGAAAAGUGGAAAGAAAGAUGUGUAUAUAUAUAUGCGUAUAUAUACACAUAUGUAUACAUUGUUCGAACAAUAGUCGUAUAUGUGCCCUACUGAAAAAAAAAACAUACUCGCCUUAUCCGUUGACUGCUCAAACUCAGCUAACGAAAGAUAUUUAUUAAUGAGAGAUGUUAUUAUUGUAUUUUUGUAAAUAUCGAACAAUAUAUAUAUUAUAUAUGUAUAAUGGGAAGAGAUAUAUAUGUAUAUCCUGGGAGAUUAUCUGAGAUCUGCCUUUGUCUCAAGUACAAAACUGGAUGAGAGAAGGGGCGGAGGAAUCUUUUUUUAGGAGCGUUUUACGUUAUUGAGCAUCGGAAUGGUAGUAAUUAUAUUUGUGUAUGGGUGUAGAUGCUACGAAUGUGAUUCUUGCGCGAAUAUAUAUGUGUAUAUUUGUGAUGUAUCUGAUCUAUAUCUGUUUCCUAUAAAUCGAGUCUCGAAAAUGUGUAAUUUUUUUCAAUCGAAUGAACGGUGAUAAUGAAAUGUUUUUACGAUGUAACUUUGAUAAAUUGAUAAAAAAAGUGUUACGUUUCUAUUAUAUUCUCAAUAUUCUAAGAGUAACAGCGAAGUGCGUCCCGCGCGACAAAAGUCAACGAAACUCGAGAAAAUACCCCGUUAUAAGAUAAAGUUUAAAAAGUAAAAAAAUAAAUUUACACAGUCUUGUCUUCCUGUCUUAUAUUGUAACACGGCACAUAUGUGAUGGAAGAAAGACAAAUUGUUAUAUACAAGCGUCGUUUGAAAAUUAAUCUACAUAGAAGAGAUAAGGAGAGAUGAAUGAAAUGAAAUUUUAGGGUCUUAGCGAUAACAAAUGAUGAAGAAUAAUUUUACCAAAGACCAAAGAUAGGGAAGUAACGAUUUAAGCCAGAACGCGUGCAUAUAUAAAAGCGUAGAUUUCGUUUAGAGUCCGUUGUACAAUGCAUACGUGCAUUGAAUAAAUUGCAUUAUACACAUUCCAAACAAAGCUCGCGAGCAGCUGGCCGCAAGUAAUAAGCUCAUAACAAAGUGCUUCUUGUCGCCAUUAUAAGCCGUAUAAACGUCUCUGUCGUUACAUCUAGACACGAACCUGCUAUUGGAUUCCAAAGAAUAUUCUACUGCAUUUUUUUGUAAAUCUUAACGAUAAGCGUUCGAUGGUUUUAUGCUGUAAGAAAGAGUAUUUAUGCAUAUAUUGUUAUGUACUCCAUAUAUGUGUACAAAUUUUGAGAAUUUAUCUGGACUAUACUGACAAAAAGGAAACUAGGCGCUUUGUGUUUGUUAUAUGCGGUAUAUACGAUACAAGUAUAAUGCGAUAAAUUUGUGUCUGGAUCACAAUCGGCAUUGUAUAUCCUGCACGUAAUGUGGUUGUAAUUUUAAGCAGUGUUUAACUUAAUGAAAUAUUGUUUCACGUGAAAGUAAUGUCAUGUAUAAUAAAGAAAGGAUAUCAAGAGAUCCCAAUUUCUGUGAAUAUGCUGUAAAAUAUUUAUAGCUUCUGUGUAAAGUAUAGGAUUCUCUUUUCGGUGAAAUCGAAGAAGAGUUGUGGUGCUGUACAGAAUAAACUGUGCAAUGUAUCGCUUCGAUUUGUCGUAUCGUGGAACAUUACGUACGAAGGUGAAAUAUUUCGUACGAAGAUUAUAAGAGAGAGUCAAUUAUAAGUUUUUGCGUUAUAUAUCGAAUAUAUAAUGAAAGAGAGAUAACAGCUCAUUAGUCAAAACGUAUCCGCGAAUAUCAUGAUUUAUAAUGAUAAUAUAUAAAUAUAUGUAUAUUAUAUUCGCCGAUUUUGAAAGGAAAACAUAUAUUACACACGCGUGUGUGAGAGAUAUCAAAUAAAAUAUAUUAUGUAAAUUGGAUGUGUGUGUGUAUAUUUAUCAACAUACACAUGUCUUGCGGACAACGAGACAGAGACGCCAAGCGUAUAUUAAUAACAAACAUGUCAUUAUUGUCAAUGUAAUUUCUUUAUUACAAUAUAAUAUAUACAAGAUACUAUAGCUGAUUUCGCUAUAGUUGAUGUACAAAAACGAGCAAGGUCUUGAAAAUAAGCGGAUUUCCGCUUCCUUCUGGCCUGGCAUAAAUCAAUAAUGUUACGUCGGAACAUUAAUAUUAUAACAAAGCGCAAUGAUUUGUUUUUACACACACACACACACACACACACACAUAUAUAUGUAUAUAAACAAAGUAAUUAUCGCACAUUGUUUAUAUAUAUAUAUAGGAUGUCCCAUAUAGAUAGAGUACAAAUCGGUACUACUUUGUCAAAAUCUUAUUUUUUAAUAUGGCAAUACAGUGCAUUUGCUAUUUCUUGAUUCUUCGUGUAAAGAUUUUGGCAAUUUUGUUAUAAUUAAGUCUAAUAUAUUUAAAUUAUUAUAAUGAAAAAUUUUUAUUUUAUAUGAGAGAGAGAGAGAGAGAAGAAAGAGAGACAUUCUUUCGUAUAUAUAAGAGAGAACUCUCUUAUAGCAAAAUGCGCUUUUUGGCUGAUGUUAACAAAAUGAACAUUAAUAUCUAUAUGUAAUGUAUUAUUAUAAUAAAAUCAUAUCCCAAAAUUUUUACGGAAAGAAUCAAGAAAUAGCAAAUGCACUGUAUUGCACUCUUGAUCGAGAUAUCGAAAACAAUGCAUUUCCAAAAAUCUUGCCAAAGGAAAAAGAUGCUUAUUUUUAAGAUAAGAUAGUACCGGUCUGUACCUUAUUUAUAGGAUACUCUGUAUGCACACAUACAUAUAUUAACAAACGUUAUGAAAACAUUUGGAUAAUAAUCUUGAUAAUUUCGUUACAUGUAACGAUCAGUUAAAUACAUAAGUAUACAAAUGUGAUGUAGUCCAAUAGGUCAUAUUAUCGAUAAUAAAGAAAGGAUUGUCAUUGUAAAAAUAGUGCUGUUACAAACUCAUUGAUCUAUAAUUUAGCAAAUCAAUAAAGUAAUCGAAAAUGGUUGUUUGUAAGAUAAGCAGAUUUUUGUAAUACUCCGGAAGAAUGGUUCCCGGAUAAUUAUUGUAAUUAAUUUUUUUGUGCCAUUGCGUACACUUUGUCGAUAUUCACGUAUAUUAUUAACGUAAUGGCAUGCACUAUUCUAAAAAAAAAAAAAAAAAAAAAAA